GCCCCUGCCCCUGUCCAAAUCUGUCUGCCACAUCAUGAGCUACCGCGUCCAGCCGCGCAGCGAUGAUUACGAUGUGAUUGGCGCCGUGCCGCGCGACUUGUCCGUCAUCAAGAACUUCCUGAAGCGGGACUGUGCCGUCAAGCGGCUAAUAGACAUCGAGGAGGACUUUCUGCAGCAGUGUGUGGAUCGUGGCGAGGAUCCUUUGAAGCCGAAGAAUCAGCAGCUGAAGAAAACGAACGGCAAUGGGAACGGUAAUGGGAAUGGGCACGAUCCCUGUACCAGCAGAACACCACACGGUGAGAGUGUUCCCAACUACUGUGAUCCGUGCCAGCGGCUCAAGACAUCAGUGGUGCUGGAAGAGCUCACGCCGCCAGCGACCACCAAUCCGGUGUACAACCAGGGACUGCCGACAUACUUCGACGAGGAGACCGUGAUGGGCACUUCCCUGCCCGUGAAGUUUCGCUUCCGGCGCAAGGCCAACGGCAACGACGUGGAGAAGAGCAGCAACCUGAUGUGCACCUCAACGAACAACACGAACGUCGUGGUCCUCACUAACUGCUGCGACAUUAUGGUGUGGCCCAGCCAGCGGGUGGCCCAGAUGAAUCGAGUGCCCGUGACUAUGAUCUCGGGGAACGGCGACCUCACCGAGUACAUGCUGGAGGAGGAGACCAUCAUGUGAGAUAGUUUAAAGGGUGCGGGCAUCAGCCAUGAGGGGAUGUAGUGAAGAACUUUACAUAAUAUUCCUUACUUUAGUGGCAAAUAAAGUGAAAAUCAUUGGCUCGAUAUUAACAAAAGGGUUCUAUGUGUGAGUACCGAAACCCGCUAA